AUGACCGACAGCUUUCCUUCGGAUUUAUCCGCCUUCACGAUCGAGCCAGCAGGGCUCGGAAGUUGGCUUUUCUACCGCCCUUGUCUCCAACCUGAAGACAGGCUUCUGCAAACUCACAAAGUUGUCAUGUACUGCGACCUCCACGGGCACAGUCGGCGUCAGAACAUGUUCGUCUAUGGUUGCAAAAGCAGGCGAUCUGAGGACCGACUGUUGGAGCGCGUCUUUCCAGCGAUGCUGGGCAAAAAUAUGCCAGGACUGGAAAGUUUCUGUUAUUUGGCAACUUACGAGGGCCCUAAUCGGUUUUAUGCAAUUUGUUUAUGUGGAUGGCUACUGCUUCAAUCUUUAAAAAUAAUCGAAGGUUUGACCUCGUUUUCACAACUUGGUCGUAUUGUUAGGGAUUCCUAG